AUGGUCCAGAGUCUGAAUCUUGCUGGAAUCGCAACGGCAUUCAGGGUUCUCGCCCGGCCCUCGCUCGUCGUACCCAACAUCGUUGUCGAUGAUCUGCGAUCCAUCAAUUUCAAGGAUCUGAAAGACGAGCGGGGCAUCCGAGCGAUCGCCUUUGACAAGGACAACACCCUGACGGCCCCAUACCAAAACGAGAUUCAUCCGCCAUUCCAGGAUGCUUGGAACACAUGCAAGGAGGUCUUUGGCAAGCAUCGGAUCGUGAUCGUCUCCAACUCGGCAGGAACUCCCGACGAUGUCGGCUCCAGAGAGGCCGAGCGAGUCGAGGCAGCGCUUGGUGUGCAUGUUCUCCGACAUCGGAUCAAGAAGCCGCUGGGUGGCGAAGAGUUGACGCAGCACCUCGGACUGCCGCCGUCGCAAAUCGCCGUCGUUGGCGACCGCCUGCUCACGGAUGUGGUCUUUGGAAAUCUGAAUGGCAACCUGACAAUCCUCACUCGCAAGAUCGUCACGACACAGGGCGACAACCGGCUCGCAGCAAUGAUCCGCAGGGCCGAGCAUUGGUUGAUUGACUGGCUGCAGGCCCGUGGUCGAUAG